GUCAAACAUAGAGGCAAAAGUAUGAUUUACCCAUUUUAUUUGGGAAUCUCAAAGAUGCUCUCUAACGAUGGAUCAACUUCUUCGCUUCGAUCUCACACCCAGUAGCUGACGCAAAGCCUCUGCAAGUUCCAUCAUCUUCUCGUCAAAUUUGACUCCAAAACAAAUAGAUUACUAGGAUGAACACUGACUCACUUCGUCGAGCCAUUGGGGCCAUCAGUGUCCAGGGAUUUGGCAAUGAUUUUAGAUAUUGUAAUGGAAUUGGGAAUUCUGAUGUGAGAUUAUUUUCAAAGGCCUUAAGGAUCAAUUCAAGAUUGUUGAGAAAUGGAAUUUUUAGCUCAACCCGGUUUACAAUCAAGGCAUCACCAAUUCAUUCUGCAAAUUUAGAUCCAAUUGUGGCCUCCUCACAUGGCACUGCUGACGAUCCAGGGAAGAUUUCAAAUGAGUCUACUCUGAUCUUGAUUCGACAUGGUGAGUCAUUGUGGAAUGAGAUGAACCUGUUCUCUGGUUGUGUUGAUGUGCCAUUGACCAAGAAAGGCAUAGAAGAAGCAAUUGAAGCGGGUAAAAGGAUUAGCUAUAUACCUGUUGACAUUAUUUUCACAUCUGCAUUGGUUCGUGCUCAAAUGACUGCUAUGCUGGCCCUGACUCAACACCGGUGCAAUAAGGACUCAAACUUGCAUUCUUUGACAUGGAGGCAAGCAUUUGACCUACUAGACCAUGUGCCCAUAAUUAUACAUGACGAGAGUGAAGAGUCCAAAAUGUGGAGUCAAAUUCAUAGUGAAGAGACCAAGAAGCAAUCCAUUCCAGUUGUGAAAGCUUGGCAACUAAAUGAAAGAAUGUAUGGGGAGUUACAGGGUCUUAAUAAACAAGAGACAGCUGAAAAAUAUGGAAAGCAGAAAGUCCAUGAAUGGCGUAGAAGUUAUGGGACAUGCCCCCCCAAUGGUGAAAGCUUGCAAAUGUGUUCUCAAAGAGCUGUUGCUUAUUUCAGAAAGCAUAUUGAACCCCAACUUUUUGCGGGAAAGCAUGUGAUGGUUGCUGCCCAUGCAAAUUCACUGAGGGCCAUUAUUAUGUAUCUUGACAAAUUAACUACACAGGAGGUAAUUAACUUAGAACUGUCAAAUGGAGUACCAAUGCUAUACAUUUAUAAAGAGGGAAAAUUUAUCAGGAGGGGAAGUCCUCUAGGUUCAACAGAGGCUGGUGUAUAUGCUUAUACCUGGGAUUUGGCCCUUUACAGGCAUAAAUUAGGUGAAAUGUCCAAUUAAAGUGUCAAAAGAAGAGGAACGGAGACUGUCGGAGGAGCCGGUAAUGGGCUUGCCGUGCUCAGGGACGAUGCCAUAGGCAAAGCCUUUUGCUUUGCAAUCCUCCAUGAUAUCUUCCAUGAUCUUGAUCAUGUACUUGAGAAUGGCAACUUGGGCUGUGGACAUCUUUUUCCGGCGGGAUUGAUCUUGUUUGGGCUCGGAGGAGGAUGACUCAGGCUUGGGCUCUCUUGUGGUUCGUUGCUGGGACUUGAGCUUAUCUACGCACAUGCGGUCCUUCAACAUGCGCUUCUUGAGCUCAUUGUAGCCAGUCUCUUCGCCUUCAUAGUAGUCAGUCUUCUUCUUCUUCAUCAUCAACGUCACAGGGGCUUUGCGGAUCAAUUUCUCCGUGGAACUUCAUCAUGAUUGCUCUGAAACCUUGAUAUAUGUUGGUGAUCAAAUUUAACCAUAUGUAGGUGAUAUGUGUUUGUAUACAAUAUAUACAUAUUGAAGAAACAAGAAUGGCGGUGGAAGUGGAAGGUGAAGAAGGCUUGAAAACAAACUGAGCAUUCAAGAGGGUGGAGGGUGAUUUUGUAUUGCAUUAAUUAAUGGAAGUAUGGGAGGGGGGAGGGGUGGUGAGGAGUGACAAUGGAGGAAUUUGAGGAAUUGGUUGCAGGCGUUGAGCAGAGCAAUGGCUGGAGAGAGAGAGAGAGAGAGAGAGAGAGAGAGAGAGAAGAUGGUAAAGUGGUGCAAUUUAGCCUGAGAUUGCUAGCCUGCGUCAGGUUGCAUACUCACAUUGCAUGCAUGUUAGAGACAUGGUUAUGCUGUUUAUUUGUCCCAAUUAAAUUAUAACCCAAA